UUCCUGAAAUGAAAGCAGUCACGAGUUGGUUGCCUAUUGUGUAUAAUGGAUAACAAGGGUACGGUUUGUGCGGCUGUUCUGCUGGUGCUUCAGUUUUAUCUCCCCGCUGUAUAUUGUGGAAGUCACACUCUGCACUAUCAUAUCACUGUGGUAUCAGCUCCGACCCCUGGGGUUCCUCAGUAUUCUAUUAUUAUGUAUGUGGACGGUGUGCAGUAUGGAAGGUACAACAGUGACAUACGUCAGGCUCAGUCCUUCUCUCCAUCGCUGAACCACCUUUCCGAGCACUUGGAGAUGCAGACCAAAUUUGCUCAGACAUCUGAGGUUUGGCAAAGGCACAAGCUCAACUUUCUAAUGGGAGUUUUCAAUAAGACAAAAAGUAAUGGGAAUAUCCAUAUCUACCAGAGGAAGUGUGCCUGUGAGCUGCAUGAUGAUGGCACCAUUGGUGGAUACCAGGAGAUUGCCUUUGAUGGGAAAGAUUUUUUAGUAUUUGAUAAGGAAAAAGUGGUGUAUGUGCCUGUAACACACGAGGCUGUGAUGGUAUCUCACCUUUGGAAUAAACGUUAUGAUCCAACCAGUAGUAAGAAGUACAUGGAGACUGACUGCAUUCAGCACAUGGAGAUGUAUCUCCCGUAUAUAUCCACUGACUUGGAGAAGAAAGUUCCCCCCAAAGUGCAGAUUUCCAGCUCAGAGUCAGAGAAUGGCACAGAGCUGCACUGCCGGGUGUAUGGGUUCUACCCCCGAGAUGUGGAAGUGAAGUGGAUAAAGAAUGGGAGAGAUGAGAUUCACUCAGAGGAGGCAGCACAGAUCCUGCCAAACCCUGAUGGCACCUAUCAGAUCAGAGUCAGUGUGGGGGUAACACCAGAGGGGGGCGCCACUUACUCCUGCCAUAUAGAUCACAGCAGCUUGGAGAAGGCACUGGUUGUGCCCUUUGAAUCCAACAAUGAAAGUCGUUUGUAUAUCAUCAUCUCUGUCAGUGUGGUACUACUGCUCCUCCUCCUCCUCCUGAUUAUCCUGGGAAUAUAUAUAUGCAGAAAGAGAAAAGACUCCAGAGGCAGCUAUCAGAGUGGGAGCAAAGAAUCAGAAGUUGUAUUUUGUGUAUAUGAAUAUGAUGUCACAAUGACAGGAUCUGUGGGAUAAUGGGACAAAAUCUGCCACAACAUGUUUUUUGAUUCAGACAUAAUAAAAAAAACACAAAUACAAGAGUAUUGUAGAAAAGCUUUCGGAGCUCUAAGCCCCUUCGUCAGGCGAAAUACAAAGGAAA